GGCGACCCGCAGGGCGCGGGGGCAGGUGGCAUGAGCACCCCCACACACUUGGCGGGAUGCUGAGGAGGAGGAGGAGGAUGAAGAUGGUGAUGAAGAAGAAGAAGGAAUUAUCCCUGGCUCUGCUCGCCCUCUCAGGGAAAUGCGGCGCGUGCGGGCCCGGCUAUCCCAGCCCUCUGGAGGCCAUGAAAGGGCCCCGGGAGCGGCUGCUGUACCUGCCCUGCAUCUACCGCAACACCGGCGCCGGCAUUCCCGACUUCCUGGCCACCGUGGACGUGGAUCCCGAAUCCCCCCGGUACUGCCAGGUGAUCCAUCGCCUGCCCAUGCCCUACGUGGGGGACGAGCUGCACCACUCGGGCUGGAACGCCUGCAGCAGCUGCCACGGCGACCCCUCCAAAUCCCGGGAUUUCCUGAUCCUCCCCAGCCUCGUCUCCUCCCGCAUCUACGUCGUGGACGUGGGAACGGAUCCCAGGGCUCCCAGGCUGCACAAGGUGGUGGCAGCCGAGGAGCUGGCCCGCAAGGCGGGCGCCGCCUUCCCGCACACGUCGCACUGCCUGGGCUCCGGGGAGAUCCUCAUCAGCUGCCUGGGGGACCCUGAUGGCAACGGGAAAGGCACUUUCGUCCUCCUGGAUGGAGAAACCUUCGAGGUGAAAGGAAAUUGGGAGAAAGGAGGACAAAUCCCAGAUCUGGGCUACGACUUCUGGUACCAGCCCCGGCACAACGUCCUGCUGAGCACCGAGUGGGGCGUCCCCAAAGUCCUGGCGCAGGGAUUCGAUCCCAGGGACGUGGAGAAAGGGCUCUACGGGCGCCACAUCAACGUGUGGGACUGGCGCGAGCGGCGCCUGCUGCAGCGGCUGGACCUGGGCGCGGGCGCGGUGCCGCUGGAGAUCCGCUUCCUGCACGAGCCGCGCGCCGCCCAGGGCUUCGUGGGCUGCGCGCUCAGCGGGGAGAUCCAGAGGUUCCACCGGAGCCCCGAAGGGAAGUGGGAAGCGGAGACGGUGAUUGAGGUGCCCAGCAAGAAAGUCCAGGGAUGGCUCCUCCCAGAAAUGCCAGGGCUGAUCACGGAUAUCCUGAUUUCCCUGGAUGACCGAUUCCUGUACUUCAGCAACUGGCUGCACGGGGACGUGCGGCAGUACGACAUCUCCGACCCGCGGCGUCCCCGGCUCGUGGGGCAGGUUUUCCUGGGAGGCAGCAUCUGCAAAGGGGGGGCUGUGACCGUGGUGGAGGAUCGGGAAUUGCGGGAUCAGCCGGAGCCGUGCGUCAUCCAGGGGAAGCGCGUCCCGGGGGGGCCGCAGAUGCUGCAGCUCAGCCUGGACGGGCGGCGCCUCUACGUGACCACGUCGCUGUUCAGCGCCUGGGACCGCCAGUUCUACCCCAGCAUGCUCAAGGAGGGCUCGGUGCUGCUGCAGUUGGACGUGGACACAGAGCAGGGGGGCCUGGCCCUGAACGCCAAAUUCCUGGUGGAUUUCGGGAAGGAGCCGGGGGGGCCCUGCCUGGCGCAUGAGGUGCGCUACCCGGGGGGGGACUGCACCUCCGACAUCUGGCUGUGAUCCUGGAAUUCUCGGCUCCCAUUCCCUGAUUUUCGUUUGGAAUUUCCUCGAGAAGGGCUGAUAAUGGAUAUCCUGAUUUCCCUGGAUGACAGAAUAUUUGGGAAUAUUUGGGAGUGUGGGAAUGUGGGACUGCACCUCCAACACCUGCCUCUGAUCCCAGGAAUUUGAGGAUUUAUCCCGUCUUUUCCCGCUCCUUUCCUCUCUCCAUCCCUUUUCCCAGGGAACUUGGGGUGCCUGGGGCUCCAUCCACUCCAAGAGCAGCCUCUCCUGAAAAUCAUCUCUGACAUUUAUGACCAAAAAUCAAAAACCCCAAUAAAAUUCUCCCCCCAGAAGCUGAAA